UAACUGGGAAGGCAGUAAACGGCCAAGAAUAGUCACCUCACUGUCUAUUGUUCUUGCUCCGUGGUGGCCAAGAGUUGUCUAUCAGCAUCUCCAAUCACAACAUUGAACGAGGUUGAUAUCGUCCGUGUAGGCCGUCACACAAGAAGCGGCGCCAUGACGCAUGCGAUCCGACUUCCAGGUCUGAGAAGUAUAAGAACACAUUCAUUUCUUCGUUGAAAUCAUUGGAAGUCGUCCGUAUCAGGCCUGUACAGCUCAGCGACUUGGUCUAGAGAAAAUCGCGCAGAUGCUUUCACUUCUUACAUUCGGUACUGCCCUGGUGGGCUUGACAAGCGCUGCUGCCUACUCAAAGGAGGAUUAUGCUUCGGGAGCAGUGCACGAGCGCAUCAUGCGCAUGAAGCUUCGACAAUGGGACGCCGAAAUUGCGUCUGGCCAGAUGAAUAGUACUCAAUAUCCUGAACUAGGGUAUACGAAAUGCGAGAAUGGGUUCGCAGCUGCUAUACCUGGGGACUUUAACAAUACUUUCAGAUGUAACAACAUUGAUCUCUACCACUUCCUUUCCCAUGCCGACCUCGGCAGCGAGGCAGGUCAGGGUUCAUCUUCGUGGGGUUGGACCUCAAAAGAAGGCAGAGAAUUCGUUGCCAUUGGCCAAUUUGAUGGGACAGCUUUCGCAGAGAUAACGAGUGAAGGAAAACUGAGCUAUAUUGGUCGGCUUCCCCAAUACGAUCCUGUCGGCUCGAGGUGGAGAGAGAUCCGAGUUGUCCGCGACUUUGCAAUCAUCGGUUCUGAGGCAAUUAACUCGGGCGUUCAGAUCUUCGAUAUGAAGAAAUUACUUGAUCUCGAUCCCGACACGCCGACCAUCUUUUCUCAGGAUGAUUUGACAGGCUUUUGGAACGAACUUCCCGUGGGAAGGACGCACAACAUAGUUGUCAACGAAGAACUCAACUAUGCAAUCGCAGUCGGAUCUGUUGGUGGCAAUGAAACUAUCAGAGUCCGGGGCGAUCUUCCCUGCCGUGGUGGCCUGAUCUAUAUUAACAUAACCGAUCCUUCCAAUCCAUACAGUCCUGGUUGUGCAGCAGGUGACGGCUAUGUCCACGAUGCUCAGUGCCUAGUAUACCGCGGUCCAGACACCCGUUACCGCGGCCGCGACAUUUGCUACGGCUACAACGAGGACACAUUGACUAUCUAUGAUGUAUCAGACAAAGUGGGCAAUACCACCAACAUCAUAUCAAUUACCAGUUACCCUGGUGCCGAAUACGUACAUCAAGGUGUCGUGAACGACGAGGAGAAUCAGGAAUACAUAUUUUUGGACGACGAGUUUGACGAACGCGAUGCAAAGGUUGGACCAAUGACCAAGGGAUUGCCGACGACUCAUAUUUUCGAUAUCCGUGAUCUUGAAAACCCCCACUAUACGGGCAACUUCGCCGGAAAGAGGCGGUCUAUCGACCAUAAUCAGUACAUGAUCGAUGGCCACUUGUAUCAAUCCAACUAUGGAAACGGCUUGACUGUAUAUGAUGCCAGGUCUGUAACGGAAGAUCCCAGUGGAGGGAAAAUCUGCGAGGCUGGCUUUUUCGACAUUUACCCAGAGGAUGAUGAGAAUGAAGGUGGCGGCACAGUCGCAUUCCUUGGUUCGUGGUCGUCUUAUGCUUACUUCAAAUCCGGCUUCAUUUUCGUCCACACCAUUGAGCGAGGAUCAUUCGUGGUCAAGAUGACUGAUAAGGACUGUCCAAAACCACCGGUGUGCGAAGCUAAUGGCUGCUUGACAUCUCUUCGUGCCAGCAGUAUCGAGGGUCGUUUGGAAGCUGGUUCGGAGUUUUGUCAUAGUUUCCUUGCCAGACAACGGGACGGAGCUACCAUCCCGAGUUAUGCGCGCGAAGCGUGUGGAGGAGAGAAGCAGGAUGUCGUAGCAAAGGUUAGCAGCGCUUGCGCUUGCGUACCCACCGUCGCUGUCCCAGAGCUGCCGAGGACGACUAGCCGACCGCCUGUGCCUACUGUGCUGCCACCUAAGCGUUUGAUGGCAAUAUAA